CUCGCCUCUCGGCGGUGCGCCGCGGCGAGGGUCCUCCGAGCCGCGGGAGUUUCGGGCGCGGUUCAUGGAAGGGCACCUCUGAUCGUUUAUUUCAAGGACACAGCCCGCCCUGAGAGGUAGGAAGCAGCAGGGCUUGCUAUACAAAGGAGGGCCACAGUCCAGCAGAAUCAGUGCCUCUGUAAGAAGUGCAGAAGCUCAAGCCUCCUUCCAGACCUACUAAAUGAGAAGUGCCUCCUAAAACUUGCAGGACAUUCCUGGUGAUUUUAGAAGAAUUACUACCAUGGAAUCAAUCUCCAUGAUGAGCAGCCCUAAGAAUCUGAGUGAAACAUUUUUACCUAACGGCAUAAAUGGUAUUAAGGAUGCAAGAAAGGUUACUGUGGGGGUAAUCGGAAGUGGGGAUUUUGCCAAAUCUCUGGCCAUUCGGCUUAUUAGAUGUGGCUAUCAUGUGGUCAUAGGAAGCAGAAACCCCAAGCAUGCGUCUGAAUUUUUUCCUCAUGUGGUAGAUGUUACUCAUCAUGAAGAUGCUUUAACAAAAACAAAUAUAAUAUUUGUCGCAAUACAUAGAGAACAUUACACGUCCCUCUGGGACCUCAGGAAUCUGCUUGUGGGUAAAAUCCUUAUUGAUGUGAGCAAUAACAUGAAGAUAAACCAAUACCCAGAGUCCAAUGCUGAAUAUCUGGCUUCAUUAUUCCCGGAUUCCUUGAUUGUCAAAGGAUUCAACGUUAUCUCAGCAUGGGCACUUCAAUUAGGACCUAAGGAUGCCAGCCGUCAGGUUUACAUAUGCAGCAACAAUAUCCAAGCUCGACAACAAGUUAUUGAACUUGCCCGUCAGUUGAAUUUCAUUCCUGUUGACUCGGGAUCUUUAUCAUCAGCCAGAGAGAUUGAAAAUUUGCCCCUGCGACUGUUUACACUCUGGAGGGGGCCAGUGGUGGUAGCCAUAAGCUUGGCCACAUUUUUCUUUAUUUACUCCUUUGUCAGAGAUGUGAUUCAUCCCUAUGCGAGAAACCAGCAGAGUGACUUCUACAAGAUUCCUAUUGAGAUUGUGAACAAAACUUUGCCCAUAGUCGCCAUUACACUGCUGUCCCUGGUCUACCUAGCUGGCCUUCUCGCAGCUGCAUAUCAGCUUUAUUAUGGCACCAAAUACCGGAGAUUUCCACCUUGGUUGGAGACCUGGUUACAGUGUAGGAAACAGCUUGGAUUACUCAGUUUUUUCUUUGCUGUUGUCCAUGUUGCCUACAGCCUCUGCUUACCAAUGAGAAGGUCAGAAAGAUACUUAUUUCUCAACAUGGCUUAUCAGCAGGUUCAUGCAAAUAUUGAAAAUUCUUGGAAUGAGGAAGAAGUUUGGAGAAUUGAAAUGUAUAUCUCCUUUGGCAUCAUGAGUCUUGGCUUAUUGUCCCUCCUGGCAGUCACUUCCAUCCCUUCAGUAAGCAAUGCUUUAAAUUGGAGGGAAUUCAGUUUUAUUCAGUCUACACUUGGCUACAUUGCUCUUCUCAUAAGUACUUUCCAUGUUUUAAUUUAUGGGUGGAAACGAGCUUUUGAAGAAGAGUACUACAGGUUUUAUACACCACCAAACUUUGUUCUUGCUCUUGUUCUGCCCUUUGUUGUAAUUCUGGGUAAGAUUAUUUUACUCCUUCCAUGCGUAAGCCGAAAGCUGAAGAGAAUUAAAAAGGGCUGGGAAAAGAGCCAAUUUCUCGAAGAAGGCACUGGAGGAACAAUUCCUCAUCUUUCCCCAGAGAGGGUCACAGUAAUGUGAUGAAAGUGGUGCUCAUCGAUGUCAUAUAAAGUUCUACGCAUACUUGUAUUUUUAUGACUUCUGUGUUCAGUUGUAAGUCUGCUGUUAAAUUCCUGUAGUCUGAAAGCUAUUAAAUAAGAUGUCAACGGAACUAGUGAUAGGAUUUUCAAGUUAAGUUUCCUAAGUUGUUAUUUUGUCAACAUGAGUUUUUGUAGUCCACAUAUUGUUGCAAUUAGGUAUGUUUAAUUUUGUUAUAUAUAACUGUUAUAGUAUUGUUAUUUUAACUAUAUUGCAUAAUCUGGCAAAUAAUUAUAGUUUAUAACAUAGAUAUAAGAUAAUAUUAAAAACACUUUGCAAACCAGCAGAAUUUGAAGCUAUUAACAUCAUUCAGUGGAUGUACUUUUCCCAAAGCUUAAGGCUUUAAUUAUUAUUAAACUCAAGAAAUAAAAAUGUAUAAUCAGGGCUGGAGAGAUGGCUUAGCAGUUAAGGUGCUUGCCUGCAAAGCCAAAGGACCCAGGUUCCAUUCCUCAGGACCCAUG